AAAAAACCGAAACUUCCGACUACAAAACUUUUUCGUGUCCUUGAUAUCCCACAAAACGAUUAUAACAUACCUAGAAAUGAGUCCACCAAUAGAUAUGUCCCAUAUGGUCAAUAUAAAGGAAAAACAUACAUAUAUGUUGAAGGAGAAGAAACAGAUGAUUAUAUUGGUGAUAUAUCUUCUUCUGAUAUUAUUUCUUCGUCCGAAAGUGAAGUGGAAGAAAUGGAUAUUAAUGAUAUAUAUGUACCACGUAGUCCUAAAUAUAAAACUUUGAUAGAAGUUGUUUUGAAACCAAGCAACAAAACAUAUGAUGCAGAAAAUAUACAUAUUGAUAAUAAUAUGGAGGAUAGUAGUGACAUACCCACGAAUAAACUUACAGAUGACGAGUGGAAUCAAUUAAAAGAGGAUUUUAUAUCUAACAUGUUACAAACAGAACAAAACGAUGUAGUUGAAAAUCUAAGUGGAAACAUUUAUAUGGACUUACAACCUAAUACUUUACACAAUAAUAUGGAAGAAAAACCUUUUAUUACAUCUAUUCAAGAUAGAGUUUUACAUGGUGAUAGCGAUGUUCUUAGUUAUAAUAUUGAAUGGAAUAUUCCAAAACAUACACAAAUAUAUACUAUGGAUAUUCCGAAAUACAAUAAUUUAUAUAGUGGUACAGAUCUAAUUAAUGAUUCGUUAAACAAUGAUCAACAUGUUGAUAUAUAUGAUGAGUUGCUCAAAAGGAAAGAAAAUGAACUAUUUGGAACAAAAUAUCCAAAAAACAAUACACGUUUUAAUCGUGUUUCCAAAGAAACACAUAGUGAUCCUAUAAUGAACCAAAUAGAUUUAUUUCAUGAAUGGUUAGAUAUACAUAGAGAUAUGUGUGAGAAAUGGAAUAACAAAGAGGAAUUAUUAGAUAAAUUGAAUGAACAAUGGAAUAAUGAAAAUAACGAACAUGUAUUAUAUAUACCCUCGAAUGACAAUGCUGAUGAUAUUAACACAAUUAAUAAUGAAAAUUAUAAUAUGAUUAAUGCAAACAAACAUGAACGUAAUCACAAAACAUCUCUUGAACAUCUUGGAUCAACAAAUAUUCCUCCUAAUGAUCUUACAACGCAAAAUAAUGAUUCUCAAACAAAGAAUUUACGCACAAAUGUAUCUAUAAAUAUACAUUUUGAUGAAAAUAAUAAUAAUAAUAAUAAUAAUGUGUUAACCAAUAAUGUAACGCAUGAAGAGGAUCAUUUGGAAAAUAUGUACAAUUUCUGA